AUAAAGUAAAUCUCAUGAUCGUGUAAAUGUAACGGAACACAUUUAACAGGAAAUAUGCCGAGAAAACGUAAAGCAGACACAGAAUUGGAGGAGCUAGAAGAUAUGGUUCAAACCAAGAGAGUUGCGAAAGGGAAGAAACAGAAACUGGUUAAAGAGACUACAGAUAAAGUAAAAGCACAAACUAAGACUUCAGCGAAAGUAAAAGAAGUACCAAAAAAGAACACAAAGGUCACUAAAGAAAAGACAACAGGCAGGAAGAAAGCUACAGCAAUAGUAGAUAAGCCUCAAGAAAAAACCAAGGGGAAGAACUCUGCGAAAUCUACAGGGAAUCUUGAUUUGAAAGGACUUCUGAAGGACGGUAAAUGGAAAGAUGUGCUGGCACCAGAGUUUGAGCAACCGUAUUUUAAAUCUUUAGAAGAAACUUUACAGAAUGAGUAUGACCAAGGCAAAGAGAUAUUUCCACCCAGGGAUCUUAUAUUCAAUGCUCUUCACCUCACACCUUUGGAAAAGGUCAGAGUGGUGAUUCUUGGACAGGAUCCCUAUCAUGACAAUGGUCAGGCCAUGGGCUUAUCAUUUUCUGUACCAAAAGACAUAGCCGUCCCGCCAUCUUUGAGGAACAUGUAUAACGAGCUAGAGAGAGACCCGAAAAUUCCUGGAUUUAAGAAACCUGACCAUGGCUGCCUCGUGGAGUGGGCUAAUGAGGGAGUUUUGAUGUUGAAUGCUACACUAACUGUGGA